UUGUUCUAAGCUUUUUUCCUUUUAAUUUGUUCAAAAUAAGUUCACGAUUAGAGGGAUGAUUAAGCUCGUCUCUUAGAGAUUUAACAUUGCAUUUUAAUAUUUUUGCAACCUCAUCGAUUAGAAGUACCAUUUUAAAAAAUUAGAUUUUAUGAAUGAAUGUUAGAAAUGAAUAGUUGGAUAUUAAAGAUUUCUUUAAAAUAUUUAGAAUGAAUUGAAAAUUCGAUGAAAAUGGUGGAAGGGUUGAUAUUUUUCAUUCCCGUUCAUUUUCUAAAAUCAUUUUUAAAAAUUUUCAAAAAAUGGACAAUCUCGAAAUCCCUGAAUUCAAUCCUCUCAUUCCUCCUCCUGUCUUAGAACUAAAUAAAUCAUUAGAAAUGAAAGAUUCUCCUAAAAUUAUCAAAGAAUUGCCAAAUAAAUCUAAUGAGAAAAAAUUGUUUCCAAAAUCUAGCAAAGAAACAUCAAAAACCGCAACUCACCUCUGGAAGUUAACUAAGGGAAAAACAGUUUUACAAUACCAUCUAUGUUAUGGUAAUUUUUUAAAUUCGAAAAAACUUUUUAAUAUUUUUUAUUACAGAUUGUCAGAAACGUCUUUUUAA